AUGGUGAACGAAAAAGCGAACGAAAAGCCCGAUCCUACUGACCUCCACAUCGAGAGCGCUGACCAGGGAGUGUCUCACUUUAAAGAUGUAGAUAUUCACGACAAGGCCCUUAACAAUGGUGCUCUUGAGGCCACUGUCCAGGAACACAACGUCGGUCUCAUACAAGGUUUGAAGACUUACAAGCGUGCUGCUUUUUGGGCUAUUCUCCUCACGAAUGUAUACAAAGAGCUGACUAGCGGUACAGUCAUCGGAAUGAACGUUAUUAUGGAGGGUUACGAUGUAAUUCUCCUUGGAUCAUUCUAUGGCUAUCCCAGCUUCCGGAAGAAAUACGGCCAAUACCUUGACGCCCAGAAUGGUUACCAGAUUUCAGCUGAUUGGCAGACUAAAUUCAACUGUCUCGCUGCCUUGGCUAAUGUUAUCGGCGCCAUCUUUAAUGGAUGGGCCACCACUAGAUGGGGCCACCGCAAGGUGCUUAUGGGUAGCCUUGUGAUUCUGACAAGCUUCAUCUUUAUCGUCUUUUUCGCUCCCAAUAUCGAGAUCCUACUGGCUGGUGUGUUCCUCUGCAACAUUCCCUGGGGAGUUUUUGCCACAACAGGACCUUCGUAUGCCGCUGAGGUGACUCCUCUCGCUAUUCGUGGUUAUCUCACUGCCUAUAUAAACCUUUGUUGGUGUAUUGGCCAGUUUAUCGCGGCUGGUAUUCUCAAGGGGUUGGUUAAUAAUCCAACCAAAUGGAGCUAUAAGAUUCCCUUUGCUGUCCAAUGGGUAUGGCCUAUCCCGCUCUUUAUUGCAGCAUGGAUGGCACCAGAGUCUCCAUGGUACCUCGUCCGUACAAACCAGUUGGAGAAGGCCAAACAGUCUCUUGAGCGGUUAUCAGAGUCCGGUCACGAUAUCAACUACGACGCGACCAUUGCAAUGAUGGUUCACACGAACAAGGUCGAGAUCGAAGAGCGUGCUGGUGUGACAUAUUGGGAUGCUUUCAGAGGCACCAACCUUCGUCGAACUGAGAUUGCUUGUGUAGCAUUUCUAUCUCAGGUCACCAGCGGCACUGCCCUUUGCUACAGUGGAACUUUUUUUUUUCAGCAGACAGGCGUUAGUGCCAGUGCCUCAUAUGGAAUCGGCCUUGGCGGUACUGGUAUAGCAUUUGUUGGAACUAUACUUUCAUGGCUCUAUAUCUAUCGGUGGGGACGUCGAACUAUCUGGCUUUUCGGUUUCGCAACUCUUGCCGUUAUCCUAUGGACUAUCGGCUUCCUUGCUCUACCUGUGCAAACACUACCACUAGCUUGGGGACAGUCGCUGCUCUCCAUUGUGUGGCUUGGUGUCUACUCUAUGACAGCCGGCCCUAUUGUCUACACUAUCGUUGCUGAGAUUGGAUCGACCCGUCUCCGCUCUCAAACUGUUGUUUUGGCCCGAAGCGUAUACUACGUUGGAAACCUCGUCAGCGGCAUCAUCAAUCCUAGGCUGCUUGCUCCUGGUGCUUGGAACGCAAAGGGCAAAACGGCGUUCUUCUGGGCGGCACUGGCCACAUUGACGUGGGUCUGGGGAUACUUCCGUUUGUUCGAGACAAAGAAUCGAACUUUUGGCGAGACAGACUUCAUGGUUAUGCUUACGCGCACCCGACAGUUCCAGAGGCGAGUACCCGCUCGCAAGUCUGCCAAAUACCAGAUCAACAACGAAGAGGUCUACGUCGCGCACGCUGAGGCAGAUCGUGAUUAG